AUGCGCUUCACAUACGUUCUGCUCUUGGGCCUUCUCGGCUGCCUUCUGCUCGCCCAGCAGGGUUUCGGUGCGGAUACUAGCACAUCCACUGAGAGCUCCUCGGAAAGCUCGACCUCAAGCUCCUCAGACUCCUCUACCAGCGCCUCAUCUUCAUCGGCUACGACUGAAGCCUCUUCUUCCGACACCACCACAACAACCACAUCUGCAACGACCACCACCACCUCCUCAUCCUCGUCCUCCAAAGCGGCUGCCCGACGUCGCAGAGCCCGCGCACGCCGCCGCCGCUUGGCACGGCAACGUCGCAGGCGUCAACAGCGCCAACGGCGCCGCCGCCAACAACAGCGAAGGCGACGCCAGCAACGGCGGCGACAGAACCGCAGGGGAUAGGCAAUGUUUUAAGCCUAACGGGUCAGGAUCCCUAGCUGUGAACCAAAAAAAUUGGAUCGAUACUUAGCCCUAGCUAUGGUGCAGCUGAGUUUUUUCACUAUUUUCAAAAAAAGAACAUUAAAAACAUGUAUGAACAUCUAAAAAACAAAAAGAAAUUAGUAUUCACGAUACCGCACGUGAUACACUAGCUUUCAAAAUAAUAUUUAAUAACGUCUCAGAAAGUUUGACCACUAGAUCACAAAAAAAGUACAUUUAAAAAAAAACGUUUUUUAAAGGA